CGACGCUUUGAAGUACGGCUGCGCUUGCGAAGUGUAAUGUGUUUAUCUGAGAAGCGGGCUUGCAAUACUUGGAUACAAAGUACAUAUGCGGUCAAGAAGUGUGGUGGUGCUGUUUGGCGACAACUACCAUUCGACACGUAUUCCAGUGUACUCAAGUUCAAGAGACCAUCCUAUGCCCGACAGCUGGGACAAGUGCCGGCGGAUGCAACAUGUCGAGCGCAUCAUUUCAACACGGAGGAUAUCCAGGACUUCUGCCUGUGCCCGAUCCUAAUGUCGAAGAAGAGCUCGAGAUAGAGUACACUCAGUACCAAGGAGAAGCACAGCUGCCAGAGAUUGUCAGAUUGAUCGAGAAGGAGCUCAGCGAGCCUUACAUCAUCUACACCUAUCGGUACUUUCUGCAACAAUGGCCUCAGCUCUGCAUGCUGGCCUACGCACGUCGAAGAAGACGGCGCGAAUCCGAGGAGUCGAAGGCAAAGGACCCUGCUAGCUCCUCAGAAACCUUUGCACCCGUGGGUGUCAUCGUCUCCAAAGUGGAUCGACAUAGCAAAGGCGAGCGUCUCAUGCGCGGGUACAUUGCCAUGCUCAGCGUGCAUACUGCGUGGAGGGGCUGUGGAAUAGCAAAACAGCUCGCUCAACGGAGCGUAGAGCGCAUGACACAGAUGGGAGCCCAAGAGAUUGUCCUAGAGACCGAGGUCGACAAUCAAGCUGCCUUGUCGUUGUAUGAAAGCUUGCGUUUCAUGCGCGAGAAGCGCCUCUUUCGCUUCUAUUUGAACGGGAAAGACGCCUUUCGAUUGGUGUAUGCGGUACCCGCAAAGGAUGAAGCGUGGCCCAACGACGGACAUAGCGAUCCUACCGGCGAGAGUUUGAAUGCUUGGCAUAUGUCUGUGGGAUUCGACGACGAGAUUUCAUGAAUUACAAAAGCGUUCAGGCGUGAAACCUGCUGUCCUUUAAUGCUGCUUG